AUGUCCUGGUGGUCCAAUGGAAUCCUACUGGUGUGCCUAUUUUUCGCCGCCAGCGACGCCUAUGGUCCUUCGUUGCGUCCUCAAUAUGUCGUUCAAGAUACAGUAUAUUACAGGAGAGUUUCACCACCAACUUACGAGGUGAAGGAGCCGGCCUACUACUGUCCAAAUGUUGCUGGAUUAGAGACGCGUUGCCGUCCUACUAAGGAUUGUGCAGUGUGGUAUGACGAAGUCCUCGCCACUCCGAGCACAGCUUGCAAAUUGAGCGAUGGAAAUCCAGGAUCCUGCUGUCCCGAUCUUCCGUUUAACUUCAAGGGAAUGACGUUCAAGGAGCCGCCUGCCUGUGAGGGCGGAGUUGAAUUGGACGAACAUGCUGGAUGUCUCGACGUAUUUUCUGUGAACGCAGCAGCUGACGCUGGGGAAUUUGAGCUAAGAUUACACAAAGAAACAGCGAAACGUCUCAAAGAGAAGAACGUUGUGGUUCAAGCCUCUUCACCCCGUGCUACGCAUGCCCGUUUCUCCAACCCAUCGGAGCACGCCCGCCAAGUUACCAAUGAAGCAUUCGUCGGUGUCCAUACUGCCGUCGUGCUCGUUAAAAGAUUCAAAAUCAAAACCGAACAGGUUGGCUGUGCUCUGCACAGAUUUAAGCUAUCAGACACCGAUCUGACAGAAAAAUGUACCACUGUGAGCAAGGCCCAUUGCAGUGAGGCCAAAUUGAAUUCCCCCUUUCGAAUGAUAGACGGUUCGUGUAACAACGAAAGACACUUUAUAUGGGGUCGUGCAACUACCCAAUACCAUCGCAUGCUCGCUUCUCAUUAUGCUGAUGGUGUUUGGUCUCCCCGAGUCGCCAAGAGCGGUAACGCACUUCCCAGUGCCCGACUGGUGUCCACUUCCUUGGUUCGUGAUGAAGAUCAGCCUAGCGAGUCGACCACAAUCUGGUUCAUGCAGUAUGGACAAUUUAUAGAUCACGAUAUCGUCUCAACUCCAGAAAUGUCGAACGAAGAUGGAACACCAGUCACCUGUUGUAACGAGGAUGGAAAACAUCUUGAAAACGAGGAUCGCAGUCACGGCAAAUGCCUUCCCAUCGACGUCCCUGUGAACGAUCCAUUUUUCGCCAGAUUUGGCCGAACUUGCAUCCAGUUUGUUCGAGCUGGCCUAGCGUGCAGAACCGAUCAUCAAUUAGGUCAUGCAGCGCAGCUCAACGGAAACACCCAUUUCUUGGAUUUAUCGCUCGUCUAUGGCUCCGACGAUAAAACAGCAGGUGAGCUGAGGACAAACGUGAGCGGAGAAUUGAAUGUCACUUUGAAACAAGGCAAAGGUUCCCACAAGUUUGACUUGCUACCACCCCUCGACGGUAGUCCUCUGCACGCACCUUGCACCUUACCCAGAGAACUGACUGGUAUUGAACCACCCCAAAAUGUCAGAUGCUUCAAAGCCGGCGAUGGCCGUCCCGAUGUGACCCCCAAUAUGGCCACCUCGCAAAUUGUCUUUUUGCGAGAGCACAAUAGGCUUACGAAAGAACUAGCGCAGUUGAAUCCAUCGUGGGACGAUGAGCGUCUCUACCAGGAAGCCCGUCGCAUUUUGAUUUCCCAAGCUCAGCACAUCACCUACAACGAAUGGCUACCUAUUCUUCUUGGCCGCUCGAAAAUGGCCCAACUUGGCCUGUUGCCAUUGCAGAGUGGUUUCAGUACAGAUUACGAUAAUCACCUCAAUCCCAGCAUCUUGAGCGAAUUUGUUGCCGCUGCCUUCCGUUUCGGCCACUCUCUUGUUCAAGGAAAAGCUCUAUUGGUGAACGAACAAAGGUCGGUGGAGAAAGAUAUUCUUUUACGCCAACAUUUUUUCAAACCGCAGACGCUUUACACUCCUGGAAAUCUUGAAAAGUACCUCGUCGGUUUGGCAACUCAGCCCACUCAGAAAGUGGAUCUCUCUUUCACUAAAGAGCUCACUGAGCACUUGUUCGAAGAAACAGGCGCGGGUUUCGGUUUGGAUUUGGUGGCUCUCAACAUUCAGCGUGGGCGUGAUUUUGGACUUCGAAGCUAUAAUGACUACCGGGAACUUUGCGGUGUCGGGCGUGCCACAAAUUUCGAUGGCCUUGUCGAUUUAAUUGAUCCUGUGAUUAUCCAGCGUUUCAAAGCGGUGUAUAACUCUGUGGACGAUAUUGACCUGUUUGUUGGAGGCGUUAGCGAAGCGAAAGCAGAAGGCGCUUAUGUAGGCCCUACCUUCCAAUGUAUUCUGGCCGACCAGUUCUUGAAACUUAAGCGAGGUGAUCGUCACUUCUACGACCUAGGUGGACAGCCCAGUUCAUUCACCCAAGAACAAUUGAACGAAAUCCGUAAAACAAGUUUGGCCCGAAUCGUUUGCGACAACAGCCAGGUUAAUGACCUUCAACCAAUGGUUUUCAAAAUGCCAUCUACUAUAAAUCCCGUCGUGAGUUGCCAAUCUUCCUCCAUUCCCCGUAUGAACCUUCGCCCAUGGCAAGAAGCUUCUAAACCGGAAACUGAUGGAUAUUACGGUGGUUAUUACUAGAACUUUCUUUUUAAAUUCGGAUUUCGCAUGGCUAAAUGAAACGAGCAUUUACAAUCUUGUACUGGAUCAGGAAAAAUACAUUGUAUAAAUAAUUGGAA